AUGAACAUGACAGCUCCGGUUAUCACACAAACAACACCCGGUAAAUCAGUCUACACGGUCUCUUUCUACCUCCCAAAGAAGAACCAACAAAACCCACCUUUGGCCGAUGACCUCCACGUGCAGUCUUGGAAACCAACCUACGUAGCCAUGAGGCAGUUCAGUGGGUAUGUGACGGAUGCUAUAGCCAAGAAAGAAGCUGCAGCUGUGAUGGACAGCCUAAAGAACACUAAAUGGAAAGUGCACAUCGAGCAGAGCAAAGGAAAGUCGCCCGAGUAUUUGGUAGCCGGUUACAGCCCGCCGUUCCAGACCACGGAUAGAGUUAAUGAGAUUAUGGUCCCGUUUACCAUGUAA